AUGUCAACAAAAAUUUUCAACUGUAAACUGAGUGAAUUUCAUCAAAAUUUUCAGGGCAUUUUUUUCAUGCGUGUAUUAUCAUCAAGGAAAUUACACUGUAGUAGUUGUGAAGGUUUAUCAACGCCGAUACUUGCCGAAACAACAUCUUCUACAUUUUAUGCUCCUAAUCAUAGCGCUUCGACAAGCGUUCACGUACCAGUAACCACGCAUCGAAUUCAACGUUUCAUCAGUUUUUUCUCUUCCAAUGAUACUCCGACAACAACACAUUUGGAAGCAACCCACUUCGGUGCGGAACCCACUUCGGUGCGAUUUUCAUCUCGUCGUCGUUUGAAACGCUCAACGACAGCAACUACCACACCAAUUUGUGCAUUAUCAUUAAUUACACCGAUACCACGACGUGAUGUUGAAAAACAGGGUCAACUUAUGCAUCAAGAAGUAGCCAUGGGAGGACCGUUGAAAAAUGACCGACAUAAAUGGACAACAUAUUGGGCAGUGCUUUAUGGUACAGAAUUAUAUCUUUGCUGUCAAUUGAGCUCCCAUAUAAGCGAUGAAACGCAUCAAGAAUUAUUGAAUAUUCCAUCGGAUGCUCGUAAAAUUGAUUUGAAAUCAGCAAUUGUCGAUAUAGCAUAUGAAUAUUGGCGUCCAAAAGAUAACAAAAAAACGCAUGUAUUUCGUGUAAUAACUCAACAACAAACUGAACAUCAUUUUCAAACUUAUUGUGAAGAUGAUAUGUUAAAAUGGAUUGAAAUUAUCCGGAUUGCAUCAUCAACUUUGAGCAAUUCACAGAGUGAUCACGGUGUCAUUUCUGAUGGUAUUACAAGUAAUGUUGAGAUAUCCCCUAAUGUUUCAAAAAGUUGGUCGAUUGCUUCGAAAUUAGAAUCCGAUGAUACGGUGAGUCAUUUUUUUUCACAACUUAUCUGA